CCACACCACACCACACCACGCCUGUUUUUUUUCGUGUUUUUUAAAAAAAAAAAUCUCAAAGCGCAUCUCGAAUUACAAUUGCCAUCUUUAUAUUCUCUUCUCUCUCUCUUCUCUUCUCUUCACCUUAUUUUUUAUUUACUUGCCAUUUUCGAAAUGGACCCACCUCUCGACACUCUCGCCCCUCUUACCCCCAGUCCGUCGGCGGGCGACCCAGCCGCCGAGCGCGGCUUCUUCCACACCGCGUGGGACUUCUCCUUCCGCAUGGGCAUCAGGUAUAUCAAGAACUCCUACAAGGACGACCCCUUCCGCACCUUCCUCGAGGUCUGCCUCAUCGGCUUCAUCAUCUGGUACAUCACCAAGCAAAAGUACAACAUCGGCACCAACGAAAUCACCCUCUCCGAGAAGGAAGUCGACGAGCUUGUCGAUGACUGGAAACCCGAGCCACUCGUCCCCGAUCUCACCGAAUUUGAGCGCGAGACCCUCGAAAAGGCCAUCAUGAUCGAAGGACCCAACGGCACCAAGGUGCGUCUGGCGUCGGCAACCAACUCCAAGCCACUCCUCAACUUUGCCUCGUACAACUUCCUCGGCUUCCUGGACAACCCCGACAUUGAGAAACACGCCCACGAAACCCUGCGCAAGUAUGGCGUCGGCUCCUGCGGCCCACCGGGUUUCUACGGCACGCUCGACGUCCACAUGGAGCUUGAGAAGCAGGUUGCGGCCUUCAUCGGCCACUCGACUGCCAUCCUGUACAGCCAGGCCUUUGCCGCCACGCUCUCUGUCAUCCCCUGCUUCUCCAAGCGCGGCGACAUCAUUGUCGCUGACGAGGGCGUCAACCUGCCGAUUCAACAGGCGAUCAUGCUCUCGCGCAGCAAGGUCUACUGGUACAAGCACAACGACAUGGCUGACCUCGAGCGCAUCCUCAAGGACGUCAACAAGCAGCUGCACGGCCGCGGCGCUAAGAACGUGCUGCCCCGCAAGUUCAUCAUCACGAGGAACACUGGAGACAUCACGCCGCUCAAGGACCUCGUCGAGUUGAAGCACCGCUACAAGUUCCGCAUCAUCCUCGACGAGGCCUACUCGUUUGGCGUGCUUGGCAAGCGCGGUGCCGGGCUUACCGACCACUCUAACGUCGACCCGCACGAGGUUGACCUGCUGAUCGGCUCGCUUUGCAACUCCAUCGGCGCCUCGGGCGGUUUCUGCUGCGCCGACAAGGACCUCAUCGAGCACCAGCGCCUCUCGGGCCUGGGCUACUGCUACUCGGCGUCCAUGCCCGGAAUUCUGACUGUUGCCGCCGCUGACGCCAUCCAGGCCCUGGAGGCCAGCCCCGACACCUACCUGCCCAACAUGCACGAGAACACCGCCCUCAUGCGCUCGCUGCUCAAGCGCAUCCCUGGCCUCCAGGUCGACGGCGACCCUGAAAGCCCGCUGAUCCACAUCAGACUGACCCCCGAGACGCUUGUGCGCAUGAAGCGCUCGGGCGGCGCCUGGACCAAGACCGACAUUGACCGCGUGCUCGCCGAGCUGGUCGAGGAGGCCCAGAAGGACGGCGUGCUCCUCACCCCGGCCAAGUACGUCGACGAGCACGAGCGCCUCCUACCUAACUCGAGCAUCCGCAUCUGCGUCUCGUCGGCACACACGCGCAAGGAGAUUGAGAAGUGCGCCCAUGCCGUCAAGAGCGCUGUCAGCCGCAUCACCUCCAAGAAGCGCUAAGCCCACAAAUUUCCACCUUUUUUAACUACUUUAAUGCCAAGGCAUGCGCCAUCGCUA